AUGCUGGCAAACCUGGGGCUGGAAAGUGAGAACCGCGGGGGUGGAUGCCGCCACCGCGGCCGGCGACAUGCCCCUCGCGACGAGAUACUCGACCACCAGGCACCGUACCUGACGGCUCCAUUUGCGGUGCAGCAGGAACCGUCGAAGAACCCGCAUCCCUCGGCGGCGCCGGACACGCAGGAGAUAUUCAUGGACGAGGAAAACGACCUGGGGCCCUCUGCGGCCGCCUACCACGCCCCACAGCCGCGGCUGGCGACGGAGCGGCUCGCCAAGGGGGGGCUGAACAUCUUUUCUUGGAACACAGACGCCCCAACGGUUCCUCCUUGUCGUGUCCGACGGGAGCGCAAUGCAGAAGAGUUGCUGCGACUCAAGCCACUGGACCCUGAGACGCAGCGGGACCUUGAGGUCCGUGAAAAGUUUGAAGGCAACAAGCAAAGCCACUUUUUGUGCUUCAGCGAAAACGAGGAUGCUGGCAAGCGCCUGGGGGCACGACGGACGGACAGCGGUAUCCCAUCGCAGCUGCCGCCUGUCUUUGCUCCGGCGCCAAAUGGGCUUUCCAGUAACCCCAGUCACGCGGGUGCCGCGGUGCAGCACGGCCGAAGGCGCUUCGCCCCAAGCGCGGGCACCAGCGACGGAAUUGCUGGAUUCGCCGGCAUGGGCAUGGGCACGGACGGCGGCGGCAGCAGCAGCAGGAGGGCAUGCAACCCUGCGAACCAUGGCCCCGUCGGUUUCUGA